UAGACAUAGUAAAUAUUUAAUAAAAAUGCUUAUUUGACCGUUUGGUUGAACACGAGGACUGGACAAGCGGGUGAGUUUAGCUUAUUUUGCCCUCUAGCUCCUGUGUUUACUCUUAGCUUGCUUGUUGUCUGCUAUUACGCUAAAUCAGUUUAUGUAACAAAGUUAUGAACAACAUUUUGAAAUUUGUGAUGCCUUGUUCAACGUUGGUCAGCAUAAAAAAAAAAUAUUGAAAGGACAGUGAAAAUGUCAAACUUCGAAAAGUAUAGUUCGGUUAUUUUUCAGCAGCUCAAACUAAAAUUCCUGCCACUUUGCUUUCUAAUAAAAGGCUUUAAAAUAUGUAUACACUGCCCAUUAAUAUAUAUACUGUAUAUACGUAUAUAUAUAAUUUGUAAUCAGGAAAGCUUUUCAUCAGGGAAAUCCCUUCAAAGGCUGUUUGACCUCUGCCCCUCUGCAAAAGCACUGUAAAGCAACUGCACCACAGUCCAUUUAUUAAGAACUUAUUAACAGAUAUACCUGGAGACUUGACUUGACAGACAGUGACUUUGCUGACCUUUUAUUAAUGACUUUGUUAACAUUUGCAACUGCAAACUUAAUGGCUUAUUACUAAGUGAAAAACCUGUAAUGAUCUUAACCAUAUAAUAAUAAUAAUAAUGUUUUAGGCAAAAUUGCCAAGAAUUCACUGCUUCCAGCUUUUUAACUGUCACUAUUUGCUGUUUUUCUUGUGAUAAUCAAUUGACUAUGACUCUUAGCUGGAACAAGCUGUUUUGGAGACUUGUAGUACUUGUAGUGGAUAUUUUAAUUGAUAAAUAAAGAAAAUAUUUGUCACAUUAAUCAGUGAAAAUAGGUUUGUUGCAAGAUUUUUCACAACCUGGUAACCCAAAAGUUGUUCCUCUUAAUGGCUUUUAACUGAUCUAUAAAGCAUUAUCAGUUGUUUUAAUAACCAUUAAUAAAGCCAUUGGUUAUGAUUUAUACACCCUUUAUAGUGGAUUCCUUAUUUAAAAGUGGUGCCAUCCUUACUACCUGCUUACACUUGUACUCUACAGUUUUACUCCUCUGACCUCGUCUUACAUCAGUUAUAAAUACGUUGGCCCUAAAUUACUCAAGUCUGACUAAGAUGUGCUUUUCAGUCAUGCCCACUGUGAAAUGCGCAUUAACUUGAUAUGAAAGAAAAGCAGGAGAAUUUGCUUAGUUAAAGAAUGAAAUCAGCGUUGACAGCAGGAGGUGUGUCUCCCCCUAUUUUUCCAGCUGGAGGUGUUGGAUCACAUCACAUUGGAGUAGGUUAGUGCUUCCACGUUCGUAGAAUAAAUUAUAUUAUAGUUGUUCAACAGCUCUUUACUUAAAACUUCCAGAACCAAAAACAGUCAGGGAAAAUUUUUGUCCAAUAAUCGACAAUGUUUGACACCAAAACAUGUACUCGGAAGUAUCAACACCUUUCAAUACCACUGGCUCACUUCUAUGUGACCAGUGUUGGACAAAGGUGGGUAAAGCCCUUUGCUUCUGCAUCAAAUUCAUGCAUGUAGCCUUGAUUUGAAAUAUUACAACAUCAUCAAACCUUACAAAACACAAAGGUGCCAGCAUGGUCCUGUUCUCUUACUCAGUGGACUUGAUAAGGUAAAACCUUCUCCUGUGAGUCUGUUUCCUGGCACACAUUCUUAAGCUCAUGUCAACUUUAAUCCCUUCCCCUCACAGUGGAUUGCCCUUCCUCUGUCUGCCGUGAAGGCUUACCUUAAGAUAGGUGAGGCGCAGUGCAACAGGCAGGAUCGACACAGUGUCAUUUUUCCACUCUCCCUCGCCAGGUAAACAUCCACCCUUCUUCUGCAGAGGGAAAGGUAAAGGGUGACCACUCAUGUUUUAUGUCUGUGCUUCUACAGUAAAAGCUUUUGAGUAGCCUGACAGUAGCAGAAGGAUAGAGCAGAGUCGAGGGCCGUUAAGUCAUUGAUCUGUGGCGGGAUGUUUCUCCUGUGCUUACAAUGACCAACUGUUGGACUGUGUGGGACUGUCAAGGCUCCUCGGUGAAGGGGAGGCCGGGCUCUCUGUGGACGAUGAACCGCUACACCACUCUCAAGCAGCUGGGGGACGGCACCUAUGGCAGCGUGCUCCUGGGCAAGAGCAAUGAGACUGGGGAGCUGGUGGCCAUAAAGAGGAUGAAGAGGAAGUUUUAUUCUUGGGAUGAAUGCUUGAAUCUGAGAGAAGUGAAGUCUCUGAAGAAGCUAAACCAUACCAAUGUGGUGAAACUGAAGGAAGUCAUCAGGGAAAAUGACUAUCUCUACUUUGUCUUUGAGUACAUGAAAGAAAACCUCUAUCAGCUCAUGAAAGAAAGGGAAGAUAAGAUGUUUUCUGAAAAUGAGAUAAGGAACAUUCUGUUCCAAAUAUUGUCUGGCUUAGCAUUUGUGCAUAAGCACGGGUAUUUCCACCGUGAUAUGAAACCGGAGAACCUGCUCUGCAUGGGCCCAGAGCUGGUUAAGAUUGCAGAUUUUGGACUAGCAAGAGAAAUCCGCUCCCAGCCACCUUACACAGAUUAUGUGUCCACGAGAUGGUACCGAGCCCCAGAGGUUCUGCUCAAGUCCAGCUCCUACAGCUCACCCAUCGACAUCUGGGCCGUGGGCUGCAUCAUGGCAGAGCUCUACACUCUCAGACCCCUGUUCCCCGGCAACAGCGAGGUGGACGAGAUAUUCAAGAUCUGUCAGGUGCUGGGAACGCUGAAGAAGUCGGACUGGCCUGAGGGUUUCAACCUGGCGCUCUCUAUGAACUUCCGCUUCCCAAAGUGUGUCCCCACCAGCCUCAGAUCCCUGAUCCCCAACGCCAGCAACGACGCCAUCACACUGAUGAAAGACAUGUUGCAGUGGGAUCCUGAGAAAAGGCCAAGUGCUGCUCAGGCUCUGCGGUAUCCAUACUUCCAUGUCGGCCAGGCGCUCGGUGCUCCUUUGAAGUACUCAGAGCAUCACAAGGCUCACGCAAGGACGUUUGAGGCGGCUACAGCCAAACCAAAGCCUCUGUCCCUCUGUAAGACAGACCUGGAGUCCGGAGAGCCGAGCAAGACCCAGGCAGAUCCACAGACCUCCAUCCAACAUCUACAUCAGCCUCUAGAGGAGAUUAACCUUCCUCAGGACAACAUAGAGUCAAGCAGACAACAAGCAACACCGGGGCAGCAGGAACCUCUCAGCCUGGUGAAAAACAGGCAGCCGAUGAGCUGGCACUCUCGAGCAGCAGCCACUGGAGCAGAGAACGCUGUAUCCAGAGUCAGGACGGGACGUAGACGAUGGGGCCAGACGUCUUUCAAGUCAGUCGACAGCUGGGACGAAGGUGACGACACAGACGCUGGGGUUUCCAUCUCCAAGAAACCCACCAUCAGCUCUCUGAAAGACAGGACACUCGAAGGGCACAGCUGCCGAUUUCCACAGUCAAAGAUCAAUACAGUAGUAAAGUUACCAAGCAAAACUGGGCUAAACAGAACUGACUCCACUGCCCUGUCAGCCAAGCAGCACUACCUCCGCCAGUCCAGAUAUCUGCCAGGCGUAAAUCCAAAAAGCAACUCCUCAGUAGGAAGCCAGGUUGCCAGCAGAAACCUGUGGGACAGAGGACAGGUCCUGGAGUUCUCUUUCAAUAAAGAAUCCUUCAUGAGCAACACCAACAAUCCAACCAAGACGUAUAUAUCAGCUUUUCAGAGGACGGAAACAGGAGCAGCUCGACACAGGAUCACACUGGCACCGAUUGAAGGCACCUCUGCUAUUGAUCUUUCCUCGGCUGCUGAUCUAAGAAUUGACUCUAAAAUCAAAACGUGUAAGAACAAGAUCUCUUCAAAUAAACUUCCGCCCUCAAAUGAAGAGUAUGAAGGAGGGAGCAGCAGAUCUCUGAAUCCUCAGAUCCCUGGAUCCAGCACCAGCUCUGUGGGGAAGAAAAUGUUAUCACGGAGCACAAACCUCCAGCCGGUGCAUGGACGAGUUGACUGGGCCGCCAAAUACGGAGGUCACCGGUAGCACAGCAGACCGCUCUGCUCCACCACUGACUCUCACUGAAUCAGGAAAUACAGACUUGUUGGCUGCUGCCAACAGUGGGCAGCAAUAUUUCUUACGACUCUGUUGUUACAUUUGCCAUGAUAUUAAAUAUUGUUCAGUGUUGUACAAGUGAGUCAUGACUUCUACCAUCAGUAUUUUUU